UCUCGUGACCAUCCCCGUGCCGCUCCCUAUUGUAUGAUUGCCGAAGCCGGGCGUUGUGUCGGCGUGAUCUCGAGCGCACCUGUUAGGAUUGAUUCAUUGUCUCAUCUAAGGUCCAGUAGCUGAACACAGUCGCCAUGGCCAGCGUACAGAGCCUGCUCAGUCUGCCCGGAGAACGGACCACCGGCCAGACUGUGCGCACACAGAACGUGAUGGCCGCCCAGUCGAUCGCCAACAUCGUCAAGUCUUCGCUGGGCCCCGUCGGCCUGGACAAGAUGCUGGUGGACGACAUCGGCGACGUCACCAUCACCAACGACGGCGCCACGAUCCUACAGCUGCUGGAGGUGGAGCACCCGGCUGCCAAGGUGCUAGUCGAGCUGGCCCAGCUCCAGGACGAGGAGGUCGGCGACGGCACCACCAGCGUGGUGAUCCUGGCCGCGGAGCUGCUGAAGAACGCCGACGAGCUGGUCCAGCAGAAGAUCCACCCCACCUCCGUCAUCGCCGGCUACCGGCUCGCCUGCAAGGAGGCGUGCAAGUACAUUACCAGCCAGCUGGCCAUGCCGAUCGCCCAGCUGGACAGCCAGAGCAUCGUCAACGCCGCACAGACGUCCAUGUCGAGCAAGAUCAUCGGCGCCGACUCAGAGUUCUUCUCGCGCAUGGUGGUGGAUGCGGCGCAGGCGGUGCGCAUCAGCGAUGGCAAAGGCGGCCACCGCUACCCCAUCAAGGCGGUGAACGUGCUGAAGGCGCACGGCAAGUCGGCGCGCGAGUCGGUGCUCGUGUCCGGCUACGCCCUCAACUGCACGGUGGCCUCGCAGGCGAUGGUGAAGCGGGUGGUCAACGCCAAGAUCGCCUGUCUCGACUUCUCGCUGCAGAAGACCAAGAUGAAGAUGGGCGUGCAGGUGCUGGUCACCGACCCGGAGGAGCUGGAGCGCAUUCGGCUGAGGGAGUCGGACAUCACCAAGGAGCGCAUCCAGAAGAUCGUGUCGGCCGGCGCCAACGUGGUGCUCACCACGGGAGGCAUCGACGAUCUCUGCCUGAAGUACUUCGUGGAGGCGGGCGCGAUGGCGGUGCGUCGCUGCAAGAAGCAGGACCUGAAGCGGAUCGCCAAGGCCACCGGCGCCCAGUUCGUCACGUCGUUGGCCAACAUGGAAGGCGAGGAGAGCUUCGACGCGUCGGCGCUUGGCGACGCGGCUGAGGUGGUCCAGGAGCGCGUCUCCGACGACGAGCUGAUACUCAUCAAGGGGUGA